AAACAACAAGCUUCUUGCUGCUGCUGAGAGAAACUCUGACUGUGGACCAAAGAAGAAAUCAGUCCAGGAAAGGAAGAAAGAUGUCUGUAAAGAUUUCAGAGAGUGAAUGGAAAACAGCCCUGACCUCCAUCCUGGAGCAGCUGGAUGACCAGCAAUACAAGAAAAUGCUGUUUUGUUUCUGUUUUGACAAAAUCCCCAAAAGUGUGCAGACUAGCAAGUCCAGAGAGGAGAUGCCUCAAACAAUCAUCCAGAUCUUAGGAGUAGAUGAAUCCAUCUCUGCAACCAAUGAAGCAAUGCUGCUCAUUCCAAGGAUGGACUCUGCAGUCCAGGACAAGCUGCGUCCCUUUGUGGACAAACUGAGCAUCAAACAGGAAGAAGAGACCAAAGAGAGUGAAUGGAAAACAGCCCUGACCUCCAUCCUGGAGGAACUGGAAGAACAGCAAUACAAGAAGAUGCUGUGUUGUUCCUAUUUUGACAAAAUCCCCAAAAGUGUUAAGACUGGCAAGUCCAGAGAGGAGAUGCCUCAAACAAUCAUCCAGUACUUAGGAGUAGAUGAGUCCAUCUCUGCAACCAAUGAAGCAAUGGAUCAAAUACCGAGGAAGGACUCUGCAGUCCAGGACAAGCUGCGUCCCUUUGUGAACAAACUGAGCAUCAAAUGUAAAGGAGAGACCAAAGAGAGUGAAUGGAAAACAGCCCUGACCUCCAUCCUGGAGGAACUGGAUGACCAGGAAUACACGAAGAUGCUGUGUUCCUGUUUUGACAAAAUCCCUAAACGUAUGAAGACUGGCAAGUCCAGAGAGGAGAUGCCUCAAACAAUCAUCCAGUACUUAGGAGUAGAUGAGUCCAUCUCUGCAACCAAUGAAGCAAUGCUGUUCAUUCCAAGGAGGGACCCUGCAAUCCAGGACAAGCUGCGUCCCUUUGUGGACAAACUGAGCAUCAAAUGUAAGGAAGAGACAAAAGAGAGUGAAUGGAAAACAGCCCUGACCUCCAUCCUGGAGGAACUCGAUGACCAGCAAUACAAGAAGAUGCUGUUUUGUUGCUGUUUUGACAAAAUCCCCAAAGGUGUGAAGACUAGCAAGUCCAGAGAGGAGAUGCCUCAAACAAUCAUCCAGAUCUUAGGAGAAGAUGAAUCCAUCUCUGCAAUCAAUGAAGCAAUGCUGUUCAUUCCAAGGAAGGACUCUGCAGUCCAGAACAAGCUGCGUCCCUUUGUGGACAAACUGAGGAUCAAACAGGAAGAAGAGAGCAAAGGUCCACAGAGGGAAAACCUACAGAGGAAUCUACCAGCAGGGGGCAGCGUUUCAGCGGAGGAGACGCUGCGGUCGGUUCGGACAGAGUUUAUUGACAGAGUGUCUAAAUCUAAUCUAGAUCAGCUUCUGAAUAAACUUUUUGACUCUGGCAUUAUAAAUGACGGUGAAAUGGAGUCGAUGAGAAUAAAACCACGAGCAGACAAAGCUCAGGACGUGAUUGACACGGUGCGAAAAAAGGGAAAUGAUCCCAGCUCACGUUUUAUCGCUAUCCUCUGUGAGCUGGAUCCAAACCUUUCCAGACAGCUCAAAUUAAGAGAUGAUUAACUUGUAUAACAAUUAUUUACUGUCACCUUUAAACAAGUUUUGAUGUCUCAGGUAGGGAUGCACCAAUCUGAUAUUAAUAUUGGAAAUUCCCCCAAUAUUUACUAAAUAGCUAGAUAGAGUAUUGGAUAAUAGGGCUGAUCCAUUCAUUUCAAU